AUGGUCGUCAUUUCGUCUUCAGCAAUGCUAUCAAGGCCAUCACCAAAGAGAAUAUGGACACCGACCGGUAUCAAUGUACAUAAGAAGGUCUAUGAUAAGAGCGAUGAUAAACUGAUAGAUCACAUUAAAAAGACAUCCUUGGAGUGUUACGGUCAGCCAGCAAAAGACAAGCAAUUCGAGGCAGUCUUCAACCUUGUGCAAGGCCGAAACACAUUUCUCUUGGCCGGGACAGGCUUUGGAAAGUCUCGGAUCGCUGAGAUCUAUUACAAGAUGAUCCCACUGAAGUCUUGCGUGGUCAUACUUGUUCUAAAUCCGCUCGACUCACUUGGAGACAAUCAAGUUCUGGAAAAAAAGCAAGCUGGCUUUACGGCAAUCAAACUCACCAAGCUUACGUUCAACCCCGAUGUUGCCCAAGAGAUAAUGGACGGAGUUUACCAGUUUGUCUACUUAAAUGAAGCCCACAUGGUGUACAUAUGGGGCCUGGUUGAGAGUUCAACAUCGAAGAUGUCAACUUCGGCCCACUUCCGAUUUGAGGACUACGGGAUCUUCCGCCCUUCUUAUGGUAAACUCGGGGCCCAGCUCUUGUUCCGAAAUGACAAGCCAAUAUUGUUGCUCUUGGCAACAUGCCGUCCGGUGGCUGUAGAUGCAAUUAAGAGGAGCUUAAAACUGAACGACAACAGUGUUGACAUCAUCCAAGCGGAGCUAACUAGGCCAGAAAUCCGAAUCAUCCGGGUGAAAAUGGAAAAAUCUCUUGCCUCUUCUCUCAAUGUGAUCAAGCUAUUCCCUUCGCAUCAUCAUGUGGCCGAUGCCAACAUGGUUCCGGCUUUGAUUUAUAGUGGUUCUCGUAACCAGGCAUUGACAGUGAUGGAAGUAAUUGACAGGGCGCGCGAGACUCCAGGAGGGGCCUCCAUUCCGAAUAGUGGCUGUGUACGGCGAUUCCAUUCUUGUACCGGCGAUGACGAUAAAUUAACUUGUGCUGAAGAUUUUGCCGCUGGGAAGUUCCCACUGAUAUCAUGCACAAUGGCGCUUGGCCUUCGUCAAAACUGGAAACAAGUGUGGAUGGUAGCACACAUGGGAAGAGGAAAUCCGGCUAAUGUCUGUCAGAUGAUUGGCAGAUGUGGUAGAGACGGCAAGGCGGGGUUGGCUGUGAUGUUUGUGGAGAAAACACGUCGAGGAGGGAAGAACACUGUUGACCGGUUCGUGCGUGGUCAACCCCAGACUGAUUUGGACCGAAUGGAUGCAAUGGCUAUCACUCCGCUCUGUUUGCGAGUGGCUUUUUCAUCCUACAUCAAUGAACGGGCCCGUGAGCAAUCGAGUGGGAUGCCGAAGUGUAAAUGUUCCAAUUGUGCCCCUCAUGUGGUUAGAUUGGUACUGGAAGGACUCUUUGCCGCGAAUAACAGCAACUUUGACGACAUAUUAGACGAUUUGUUUGCACCCUCGAUGCCAUACAACUUGAAGCAUAAAUACCCCACAAAGUCGUCUUUGGUGAAGAAGCGUAAAUUCACCAAAGAUGAUGAUGACGAGGUCGAUCACUUUGCGUCUCAUCUCUUAAACAAUCUUUAUCUCUUCUACGAUACGGAGGUCUCACCGGGUGGAACUAUACAGGUGUCAGACUUGUUUGGGAAAGACGAUGAUUUCAAGUCCAAGCCUCAGCCGAUGAACACAUCCACUCGCACUUUGACUCAACCAACCAAGAAGCCCAGGAAAUCAGGCAGUGCAUCGGCCCAGGCCAUUCCUACUACAGCAAUGGACGUGGGACAGGCCCCUUCCCCUAGGCCACCUACUAAGAAGGCGCUUGCUCAGGAGGAGAGCAGACGUAAAUCACUCGAGAGACAGGCCGCAAAGAAGAUGGAGGAUGAGAAAAAAGAGCUCCGAAGAAAACAGAUUGCUCUCAUCAUGUCUCAAACGUUGGCCGAUCAUUCAACUAAUCAAGAGGUGGAGUAG